AUGUGUCGCGGAGAGCAAGACGUGGAAUCCACACCAGUUGGCGUGGAAUCGAAUCCGAAGUUAUUUUCGUGGCCGGGGAGCUCUUUCAGCCCCGAUUUGAAGCUUCUGCGAUUCUCUAGCCCCGAUCGCUCUCACUAUUCUUCUUCUUAUCAGAAUUCUCGUGACGGCAGCACUCGUGAUACCAAUACGCGUGAGUGGAUCGGCAGACCUCUUUAG